AUGUCUUGCAACACCUCUCUUCAGAGGCCUCCAAAGGCAGAGUCUUUCCCAAAGAGGAAGAAGAAGAGAUACCUGCGUCAUGACAAGCCCCCCUUCACCUACUUGGCCAUGAUCGCUCUGGUAAUUCAGGCAGCACCUUUCCGCAGGCUGAAGCUGGCCCAGAUCAUCCGUCAGGUCCAGGCAAUGUUCCCCUUCUUCAGGGACGACUACGAAGGCUGGAAGGACUCCAUCCUCCACAACCUUUCCUCUAACCGGUGCUUCCGGAAGGUGCCCAAGGACCCUGCAAAGCCCCAGGCUAAGGGCAACUUCUGGGCGGUGGACUUGAGCCUGAUCCCAGCAGAGGCGCUGCGCCUUCAGAACACUGCUCUGUGCCGGCGAUGGCAGACCCGGGGCACACGCAGAGCUUUCGUCAAGGACCUGAGCCCCUACGUGCUCCACGGGCCUUACCGGCCGCCCAGCCCCCCACCACCAUCCAGGGACGGUUUCAGCAUCCAGUCCCUGCUAGCAGACCCCGGGAAAGAAUCAACAUGGCCCCAGCAGCCUGCGCUAGCUGGACAGAGCAGUUCAGCUCAGGCAGGUACCAGCUCUAAGGGGGAAGAAGAGAUGUGUACUGCGCCCCGUGACUCCACUGAGAAGCCUCUGUGGCCCCACCGCUCCCUUCCUGGGCCCACAAGAAUAGAGAGGGAGACUUCCCAAGGGGAAGUCAUCAGGCCUUCUCUUUCCCCAGAGCAAGGCACCUGGCCAGUCCACUUACUUCAGGGUUCCCAUGAUCCCAUGGAGAUGUCCAGCAGGGGGUGCAGAGCUUCCCUGUGGGGACAGCUACCCACUUCUUAUUUGCCCAUCUACACUCCCAAUGUAGUGGUGCCCUUGGCCACACUACCUCCCAUCUCUUGUCCCCAGUGCCCGUCUUCAACCAGUCCAGCUUCUUUAUGGUCUUUAGCUGGCCUUAUCUGGGCCUGA